AGCACGCGAUGAUUGGAAAAUCAUGAUGAUGAGUCUCGGUUACCAGGAGAGGGAGGGGUCCGACGAGGAGAAGUGUGCGCGCGGAGGGGGCAUCUUUGUCCUCUCCUCCCCCUCCCGAGUCUUUUGUGUUUGAAACUCUCAUAUCUCGCAUAUCAAUAAUUUAGGUGCGCGCGGGAGAGCAGACGAAGCUGCCGCUCGCGCGCUAUGAGUUCUGCUGCCUCGUCACUCGUGCAGGGGCCCGCGCGGCGCGAUAUUCUCUGCGCGUGACAGAAAGUGUGGGACCAGAGGAGAACAGGUGAAAACUGGAGAAAAAAAGGACUUGACUUAAGGCUGUUUUAACCCAGAAGAGGACGGGUCCCGACUGCACGCGGGCUCACCGGGACACCGGGAAACUUCCCACUUGUCUGAAGAGGAGUUCAGACCCGCGGCGGAGCUGUGCGCAGGAGGAGGAGAAGUUCGCCUCUCCGCUCCGGCAUGUUGGCGUUUUGCCUGCUGAGUGCCGUUUGGCUCACGGCGAGCCCGGUCCGGGCUCAGAACGAGACCGAACCCAUCGUCCUGGAGGGAAAGUGUCUGGUCGUGUGCGACUCCAACCCGACCUCGGACCCCACGGGCACGGCGCUCGGGAUCUCCGUGCGCUCCGGGAGCGCGAAGGUGGCGUUCUCCGCAGUCCGGAACACCAACCACGAACCGUCCGAGAUGAGCAACCGGACCAUGGUCAUCUACUUCGACCGGGUUCUAGUAAACAUUGGAAGGAACUUUGACGAGGAGAGAAGUAACUUCAUUGCGCCGCGCAAAGGGAUUUACAGUUUUAACUUCCAUGUAGUCAAAGUCUACAACCGCCAGACCAUACAGGUGAGUCUGAUGCACAACGGCUGGCCGGUGAUUUCGGCGUUUGCCGGCGACCAGGACGUGACGCGCGAGGCCGCCAGCAACGGCGUCCUGAUCCAGAUGGAGAAGGGUGACCGGGCCUACCUCAAACUGGAGAGAGGAAACCUAAUGGGAGGAUGGAAAUACUCCACCUUCUCCGGCUUCCUGGUGUUCCCGAUGUAGAGGAGAAGAGGAGGAAGAUGGAAAGUUCAAUGAAGACGAGGGAAAAGAUAAAAGGACACGGAUGAGAUGGAGGAGGAAGAAAGAGGACAACAAACUUCUGCAGACGGACGAGGGAACAGGAAGGAUGAGAUGUUUUUUGGGGUAAACAGAGCGAUUGCAGGCACCUUCUUCACCUCCUUCCCGCUCAUCCUUCCUUCUCCUCCCUCUGUUUUCUCUCUGGCUUGACUGCAGCUUUUGGACAGCCGAAACUUUUUUUAUUCUCUGCUGAAAAGCUCUUCAUUUGUUUGUUCAAGAGUUUCCUAAAAGUCCAACCAUCCCUCCUUCCUUUGCACUCCUUCAUUCAUCAGCUUUGAAGAAUGUUUUUCCAUGAACUUCAUCCUCUUCUCUCCGCCCAUUUUUAUUGUUUAUUUUCUUUUACUUGUUUUAAAUUAUUUAUAUUUUGCACAAAUCAUCAUUAUUGUUCAGAAAAUAUAAAACUCUACAAUAAAUGCUUCAAGUUUAUUAGUUUUUAAAAUAAAAAAAUAAAGUGAAAUAUAAACUUUAGCCAAAAUGGACCAAAUUUACUGCAAAAAAAGAUUAUUGCAUAAAAUAUUUUGCAUUUUUCAGGUCCAGCACCUCAAAGAAAAAGGCAUAAAUGAAAUCUGACUUUUUUUGAAUCUGAAAAUGUAAGUUUUUGCUUCAGAACUUCAUAAAAACAAUCAGAUUUUUGCUCAAAUUCAGCCUUUGAAGAGUUAUUUGUUGACUGAUUCUGCAGCACUGAUUCUGACCUCCAAACAACAUAGACUUGUUCAGUUUUUUAGUUUUUAACCCAUCUCAGUAUAGCUGAUAACAUCAUCAGAUAUAUUGAGAUACAGUUUUUCAACCUCUGAAUGGACUGAUCCUGAUUGGAAAGCUAUGUCUGAGAAGACAAAUUCAUCAACGUUUACAAACUUUCUGCCUCAUUGAUGGACUCCAAAGAAAUGAUUGAUUUUGAGAGAUUCCAUGCAUUAAAUACAAGUUCUGCCUUCACGCACCUGAACACAUGGAAUGACUUAAAGGUUACACAAUCUGUACUUUUACAUGAAAUUAACAGUCAAUUAACAAGCUGCUUUUAAACCACAUUUGUUCUUUUUAAAAUCUUUAGACGAAUUUAUCCUUAAAUUAAAAUAUGUUAAAACUUUAAAACUACCCAAGAAGUAUACCAAAUGCUAAAUUAGGUAAACAUGUUGGAAAACUGAAAAGUUGCAGAAAAUUGUACUUGGUAACCAAACAAUAAUGAGUAAAUUAUUAUUUUUUUGUUUAGAUAAAUAAAAAAUGUACUUCAAGCAAGCUGAAUGAAGAUUAAAUGUAUGCUAAAUGCCAAUCUAAAGAAAGAUAGCUGAAAUGUUAAAUUCUCUAAACUAUUGCAAAAACAAAACAAAACAAAAAAAGACAUAAGUUAAAUGAAAUUCAAAACUAACAAAAAUAACAAACAUUUGACAGAUGCAAAAUAUCAUUAAUGCUGCUGCUGGACCAGAUGAUAAUAAAUAUAGCUAAAGCAAGUGCAACAAAGACUACUGAAAGCUUAGCAUUGCUAAUCAGUGCUUAUAGAAGAAAAAAAAGGCUAAAAAGAGUUGCUAACAAUAACAAUGAAAAUAUAAUAAUGUCUGUUCAGUAUAGAGUAUGACCUGAAAGGAGCAGAAUAACACAGAAAAUAAAACAUUUUAAACCAAAUGCUAACCUGAAGGAAGCAUGAAACAACAGGAAAGGAAGCUAACAGUUUAACAUGUCAAAAUAAAAGCUUAAGAACACUCUAAAUUUUAUAUGAAAAAAUUAUAAACAGCAGAAGAAACAUGUAAAUUACCAUGCUAAGGCUAAUUCAAACAUUGCAUAUUUUCUUUUUCCAAAUGACUUUUGUCAUUAUAAAGAAAAUUUCAGUAUUGUUAAAGCUGGAAAAGAAAAUAUUAGCUGACAAAAUGACAAAAAAGAUUAAAUGUUGGAAAUAGAUCAAAAUAAAGAACCUAAAUGAAGAUGAAAUGUAUGCUAAAUGCUAAUCCAAAAAAAUCAGGCUCAAAGGUUAAAGAACAUUCUCUGAACUAUUGCAAAAAUUAAAAAUAUUUAAAACAAAAGGCAAAUGGAAUUCAAAAACAGGGAGAUAAACAACACAUUUGAUUAAUCAAAUGCAUCCAAAAAAUGGAUCCAAAAGAUCAUUAAUGCUGCUGCUGGACCAGAUGCUAAUACAUUUAGCUAAAGCAAGUGCAACACGACUGAAAGCUUAACAUUGUUAAUCAAUGCUACAGAAAAAGGCAAAAAAGAGUUGCUAACAAUAACAAUGAAAACGUAAUCCAAAUGAAGUGAGGAGAAUGACUUAAAAGGAGCAGAAUAACACAACAACAGGGAAGGAGGCUAACAGUUUCAAUAAAUAAACUGAAACAAAAUUGUAAAUGUAUAUGAAAAUAGUGUAAAACAGCAGAACAAACAAAAAAUAUAUAUAUCAUGCUAAAUGCUAAUGCUAAAUCAAAUUGAGCAGAAAAUGCUGCAUAUUUUCUCUUUCUAAAUGACUUUUGCCAUUACAAAGAAAAUGUCAGUAUUGUAAAAACUGUACCGGAUCAUUUUAGCUCACAAAAUGGCAAGAAAAAGGUUAAAUGUUGGACAUAGAACAAAAUAAUGUCAUUGUAGAGUAAAAACAACUACUAUAAACAAGCUUCUACUUAUUUUUAAGAAUAUACUUCACCUAUCGAAAGUAAAAGGACAAAAGAAAUAAAGACUUUAGGUUUCCAAAAUAAAGCUGUUCAUGUUUGGACUAAAAACAAAGCAAAUAAAUCUUUAUUAAUAUGCAUUUUUCAUACCUAACGUAUUACAAAGUGCUGAUUGAAGCAAAAACAGGAGUUUCGGAUCAGCUGUGAACUCCAUCCAUCUUGAAUUUAUGAUUUCUGUUUCUCUGUUCAGUUUAGUUCAAAACAUUUUCCCGAUGCUUCUAAAACAGGAAGCGCAUUUUUUUUUUUCAUUUUUCAUUUUCCUGUGCACACUCUUGACCCCUCCCCUUUUACAGUUCAUCACAGAAAUGCCGCCAUCUUUCUCCCGUUCCCCUUUUCCACCACCCCCAUCCCCUCCAUGUCUGUAUUUACCUGCUGCUGUACUCGUCUGCCUCCGACCUGCGAAUCCUUACGCGCUUUUUUUCAUGAAGGACUGUGGACACUGAACCCUUCAACCACGAAGCUUACACACAAACACACACACAUCUAUGUACAAAUACAUGUAUUUCUAUAUAAAUGUCUGUGUGUGUUUGUUUGAAGACACACACCGUGGAUAUAUAAACAUAUGAAAAUCUAAGCCACUGUUUCUAUUCUAUGAUGAUAAUAAUGGUAAUACUAGUACUGAACCUGAUUGAUGAUUAUAAUAUCUGUAUUUCCGUACUUGAGUGUUCUAUAAAAGAAAAAGACUCUAAAUGAAACCUAAUAGUGAUUGUGUGGAAAUCUGAGGCUGACAUUCUGCUCUUCUGAUUAAAAACCUGCUUCUUCUUUUUGUUUUGGGUCAAACCAAGUUGUGGCUAAAAAGCUGACACUUUACAUAUAUAAAAGUGGUAUUAUUAUUAUUAUUAUUAUGAUUUCCCUGUACAAUUAUGAAAAUAUUUAGACGACUAAAAUAUUAUUUGGUUUAUUAUUCAUAUCAAUUUAUCUACUGUUGUUUUUUCUAUUUAUUUGAUCUGAAGAAAUCAAUAAAACUAAACGGUACUUUUAUUUUUCCUAAACCUAAAACAGUCCAGAGUGGAAAUUCUUUGUUUGGUAAGAACGUCUGAGAACAAACACGUGUUUCCGUGUGUGAUGCUGUGUGUUUGUUUUGUUUCCAUAAAUCCAGUCAAUUUGCUUC